AUGGGCAAAGCACUUAAGUGGUUGAAAGGCUUAUUUGGUAUUAAAAAAGAAAACGUAAAUAAGUGCAAAAUUGGAAUUACAUGUUUCGGCAAUUUCGCCCGAGACACCGUCGUCUCCGUCGCCACAGACGGAGGUUCCGGUGGCUUAUGUCACAAUCCGGCGACAAUUCCGCCGAACAUUACGGCGGCGGAGGCGGCGUGGCUGUGCUCAUUUGAUAAGGAGCAGAGCAAACAUGCAAUUGUGGUGGCUGCCGCCACUGCUGCUGCAGCGGACGCCGCCGUCGCCGCUGCACAUGCGGCGGGCGCAGUGGUGAGGUUGGCCAGUCAAAAUAGAGGAAAUGGUGCUGCUAUAAAAAUUCAAACGGUGUUUCGUGGUUUUUUGGCAAGAAAGGCAUUAAGAGCAUUAAAAGGAUUAGUAAAAUUACAAGGAUUGGUUAGGGGUUAUUUGGCAAGAAAGGCAUUAAGAGAAUUAAAAGAACUAGUAAAAUUAGAAGCAUUGGUUAGGGAUUAUUUGGUAAGAAAACAAGCAAGUGCUACACUUCAUG